UGUUCAGUACUUGUCCAGUGCUCGAUCGGUUAGCAUCAAGUAAGUCGGGGGCUCCCGUGAAAAGGAGAUGAGACAAACAGUUGUUUAAUUUUAGUCUCCCACGUUCUGGUUCGGCGAUUCGGUCAAAGUUAGAUAAAUUUAAACAUAAUUGAGCCGUUUGAAAAAAAAAAAAACAUAACUGUUGCGUGUGAUAUCUCGGGAUGAGAAGUGUAUUGAAAAGAGCGAGACCGAUCAUUCGAGGAGAGCUGAAGUAGGAAAUACAGCAGCGAGUCACUAAGGCAGUGCCAGUCUUCGUUGGUCCAGCCAAAGGACCGAACGUGUUUCGUGGAUUAAGAGUCCUACCGGAUCGAGCAGGAAGUGUGUUGUGUAACUUCAGACCACAUUGUAGCUAACGAAAUAAGUACAAACCAUGGCCGUAAACGCCAGCAUAUUGGUGCUAGUCCUAGUCAGUGUGAUAACAUCGCAAGUAUUCGCCCAGCAGCGGGUAGAUGUAACAAAUCAAGAAAUUCGUGAUGCCAUCCUUUCCCUGGUGCACUCGUACAAUCUACUGGACAACAAGCUGGAACGGCACGAGCAACGGGAGCGAUCUCUCGGGGAACAGGUUAAGAAAGGGCUGAUCACUCUGCAAAAGAACCAGCGGAUAUUUGACCCUCUGAAGGGAACGAUCACACGUCUGGAGGAGCGCGUCAGCAGCAUCGAGACGGCACUUCUGAACCAAGAUGAGAAGAAUGCAAUCCAGCAGCAGAAGCUGAGCGAAACUUUGGAGGGAAUUCUGCGCUGGCUGAAUGACAAUGCACACGCCCUGGAAGCGAGAGCCCAUUCCGAAUCUGGCCGAGGUGGCGAGGAGUAUGCCGAGGGAGGAAAACUGGACGAGCUGACGGAAAGUGUAAGGGAGUUGCGCCGCGAGAUCGCGGAACUGAAAUCGGAACGGGAAACUAUCGAGUCUACCAACAGCAAAUUGUACGAGCAAACGGAGAAGCUGGUGAGCUCACAACUGAUCACCUCGGACGAAGUGAUCGCUAAGAUUUCCGAGAAGCUGUCUUCGCACUACAACAAUCCGGUUGUGAUUUCGCACUCGAAUGUUGAUUUCGAAGAGCGCGUUAUCAAGAAGCUGGAAACAAUCGACAGCAGCGUCAAGGACAGCCUAGCAUCGACUGCCGUUGGCUCUGUCAGUGGUCAUGAAACUCCGGAUAAGGCAUUCAUGAAGCAGCUUAUCAACGAAACGCUGGACGCUAUCGAAGACAUGCGCUUGGAGGUGCUGACCGCAUCGGACAAGAGCUUCUCCAAAACGGCCACGCGCAUCAAGGAGAACAACGAAGUAUUGCAGGCAUCGGUCAAUGAAAUCUUGAAGACCCUGUCGGAAGAAAUCGUUGAUACGGAAGCAUUCUUCGCGAAUACCAAAAACGAUAUCGGUACGUUGAAGGAGGAAAUCGCAGCAUUGAGUCGGUUGGAGAAAUUCUUGCUGCAAACGGGAGAGAAUGUGUUGGAUGCCAAGCGUGGAAUUGAUUAUGGAAUUCAUCAGAUUCUGCGAGAGGUUACAGAAGUAGUGAAGGCCAAUUCAAAGGAUCUCAACACAACCGUUACCAAGCGAUUCGACGAUAUUGGAGCAACCAUUCUCGAUAAUCACAACGGAGCUCUAAGCAACCUUAGCUCCAAGAUCGAAACCGAAAUCAGUCAAGUUUGGCGUCAAAUUGGAAUCAUGUACCAGGAAAUUUCAUCAAGCAAACAAGCUUUGGAUCGUCUACAGCAGCAGACGGAAGCAUACGUUAACGGCACUCUAACAACCAUGGACAGUAUGGAAGGAAAGGUUUCUCUCAUCACCGGUCGCAUGUCGGAAGUAGAUUCCAAUCUCAACUAUCUGCUUGGUCGUCUUUCGCUGGUGACCCAGGAGUUCAAUAUGAUCAAGACCGGACUUGGAAAGGCACUUGAUGAAAUUAAGAGCAGCUUCGUUGAGGUCCAGGAUCGCGUCAAGGGACCCGGGCCACAUAGAAUUUCAUCUUCCGAAACCGAUGAAGGAUUCGAUCGAAACGGUGUCUAGUGAGAAGUCACUCAGCCUGAGAUGAAAUUCCUAGUUAGUAAAAGCCAAGACUAAAUUGUGGCCAAAUUGCUGACACGCUCGACUGAAGCGGACAUUUGUGGGCUUAAGAAUUAGAAUAAUUUUAAGAUGUACUGUCAAAUUUCUAGCAAUCGUUAGAUUUACUGAGAAGUACGAAUAAAGUAUUUGAAUAAAGUAAA